CAGGAACUGAAAACGUAUAUAAAGCGGCACCAAAGAGCUCAAACUGCAUCCACCAAGAGGAUUCUCCACACACAACGUUCAUCAUGAAGAUCGUUUACGUUGGACUCCUGGUGUCUCUCCUGGUUCUCGUCAGCGCCGAGGAGAAAAGAAGUCUUGAAGAGAGCCCAGAUGGACUCGAGCUGGUGGACUUCGAGGUUGGAAGUCCCGAAGUUAGAUUCCUGGAAGAGCUGACAGAACUGGAGCUGACGCAACUUGGUGCAGCAACGUCAGAGGAGACCGAUAGGGACUGGAAGGCCAAAAGGGACUGGAAGGCCAAAAGGGACUGGAAGGCCAAAAGGGACUGGAAGGCCAAAAGGGACUGGAAGGCCAAAAGGGACUGGAAGGCCAAAAGGGAGUGGAAGGCCAAAAGGGAGUGGAAGGACAAAAGGGACUGGAAGGACAAAAGGGACUGGAAGGCCAAGACGGCAUAUGAAGAGGACCACAACGGUUGCGUCACCUUGGUGGCCCUUGUGAUCCAACAGUCACAGGGCCACUAA